AAUGAAGCGUGUAAAGUGAACCGAGAGCAGCACACUGCUGUACUCUCUCAGGAACAGAUUUAUCGAAAAGUAAGCUUUGCAAGUCGCGCACUUUCCCUUGCGCAAAACCUGCAGGACGCCUACAUGCGAGUUGCCCUGUGGAACCGAAAACCUGUGUUAAGACGAACGGCGCAAAAUGCGGCGUGUGUAAUAUGAAAGCUUGAUGGCCUUGGGUGGUCGGCACCAACUUAGCUCUCAGUCAGAGAAAUAUAUAUUUGAAGCUGUCGCGCCGCAGUUGCUCUGCGGGGUCCAACAUGGGAGGACUCAAAGUUGUGAUUUGCGCCCUGCUUCUCACCAGCUGUGCAACGGCAAAUGACUUCGAGAAAAUCGUGCUGGGCCAUCAAAAUUUCGGACGAGAGCUGUUUAAGCAAUUCUCGACAAGUCAAGGCAACGUUGUCGUUUCGCCUUUGAGCGCUUAUCUGGCGCUGGCACUAACACGGCUUGGUGCGAAAGGUGCGACCGAAGGUGAACUCAGCCAGGGACUCGGUCUCGAAUCGAGUAACCAGCAUGAUGCAGGCUUUUCCAGUUUGUUCAAGAGCUUAGAGACUAAAAAGGAUUUGAGCAAAGUUGUGGUGGCAAACAAAAUUUUCUUGAAUGAACAAUUUAGCCUCUCACCGACUUAUAAUGAAGGGGCAAAAAGAAUUUUCCACACAACGGCUGACAAGCUGAAUUUCAAGAACACUGAGUCUAUCGACAUUAUCAACAACUGGGUUAGAAACGUUACCAGGCACAGAAUUCACGGCAUAACUGAUAACCUCAAUGGGGACGCAGAGGUGCUCAUCCUGAAUAUGCUGUACUUUAGAGGCCCGUGGCGGUACCAAUUUUACGGUCCCUCUCAGCCCAGGCCUUUUUACGUGGACCAAGGAAAUGCGGUCGAUGCUCAAUUCAUGUCGAAAGAGGACUACUACAAAUACGCUGAUCUGAAGGAUUUGAAUACCGAACUUAUCGAGCUUCCAUACAAAGACCCGGAUUACAGUUUCGUGAUUCUGCUUCCCAAGGAGAAGAACGGACUGAGACAGUUGGAAAACUCAAUGCAAAGCAUUAAUAUCGAGGAACUCCUUAAAAAGGCUGUCGAUGAAGAAAUCACGCUCAAUUUGCCCAAAUUCCAAUUCCAGCUCGCUACCAGUCUGAACAAACCUUUGCAAAACAUGAACAUCAAAAGCAUUUUCAGCGACAACGCUGAUUUGAGUGGUCUCACUGGCACAGCUGGCCAAAGGCUGCGAGUGUCUGAAGUUUUCCAGAAAACACAUUUUGGAAUUAACGAAAACGGAACUGAAGCAGCUGCCUCUACCAGUAUUCAAAUAGUGGCCAUCUCCGCAAAGCUGAACGAGCACAUUAUCACUUGCGACCGCCCCUUUUUGUUCUACUUGAUGCACAAGAGGAGCAUCACCCUCUUCCAGGGUCGUGUUGUGGACCCAAGAUCUUAGAGUUGAAUCAGAUUCAAUAAAAUAUUUCUUAUACGUAAA